AUGAACCAAUCACAUCAGCUGCCUCCCCCGCGACGGCAACAGACUGCCACGGCUCCCUAUGGCGCCCAGCACGACGAACUGCACAUGUCCGGCAUGAGCCCGCUGUCAUCGCGAGACUUUGCUCCGCAGAUCAAGCUCGAGCAGUCGCCCGCCAGCAUCGCUCCCAGCUCGGUGCCCAACGUGCUCCAGCCGGGCGGCAUGUCGUCGCGCCCCGUCCUGACGGCCCCGACCCUGCCCUCGAUGUCGAUGCAGCAUCCGGGCUCUGGCUCUGGCUCUGGCUCUGGCUCCGGCGCUGGUUCUGGCCCAGGUCCAGCCUCCGCUUCAGCUUCCUCUCAACACCAGCAAGGCCCUCCUCCCGGCUACCAGUCGCCGCCCAAGCUCAACAUGUCGCACACCUACUCGCGGUCCAGCCCCGCGGCAAACUACGACACGCCGGCCUCGUCGUCGUCCUACCAUGCCUACACGCCAACAACCCCCAGCGGCUCGUCCUCGCAGUUCAUCUCGCCUCAGGACGCCGCAAAGUACAAUGCUCCGGGCUCGCAGCGCACCUUUUCCAACACGCCGCUGGGCCUUGCUGACAUCCGGCCGCGCGCCGACUCCAGCAUGUCUGAUGGGGCUCCGGGCACGCUUGGCUACGAGCUUGCCAACACACAGCCCGGCCCAAGCAAUUACCUGGCUCCGUGGCCCAUCUACGCCUUUGACUGGUGCAAGUGGUCGCCCCGCGGCAAUGGAGCUGGCAAGGUCGCUGUCGGCAGCUAUCUCGAAGACGGCCACAACUUUAUCCAAAUCUUAGAUAGCCAGAUCGCCCCGACCCCUCAAGACGUAUACCAGCCCGGCACGUCCAAGUUCAAUCUCGAGUUUACCAAGGUUGCCGAGGCCACACAUUCGUAUCCCGUAACGCGGCUGCUGUGGGAGCCUCCCUCUUCGCAGAAGCAGUCCACCGAUCUCUUGGCCACCUCUGGAGAUCACCUAAGACUGUGGUCGCUGCCGUCCGAGACAUCUGCCAACCCGGGAAACACAAUCACUCGCCCGGGCCGCGACUCGGUUGUCACGAAACUGACUCCUCUGGCGCUCUUGUCAAACUCCAAGACGCCCGACCAUACAGCGCCGCUGACGUCUCUCGACUGGAAUACCGUUUCUCCCAGCCUCAUCAUCACCUCCAGCAUUGAUACCACCUGCACAAUAUGGGACAUUCCAUCAUUGACUGCCAAGACGCAACUAAUUGCACAUGACAAGGAGGUAUAUGACGUUAGAUUCUGUGCCAAGAGCGUGGAUGUUUUUGUAAGCUGCGGUCAAGAUGGAAGCGUACGCAUGUUUGAUUUGAGGAGCCUGGAACACUCGACCAUCAUCUACGAGCCAACAGGAAAAGAGGACCGAACAGAAGCAGGAGGCCGUAUGAGCCCUACAACUGCCCAGCAGACUCUUUCGAACCCUCCCCCGCUGCUGCGGUUAGCUACAUCUCCUCAUGAUACCCAUCUUCUCGCAACCUUUGCCCAGGACUCCAACGUAAUUCGGAUCCUAGACGUUCGACAGCCUGGCCAGGCUCUGCUUGAGCUUCGAGGACACUCCGGCCCAGUCAACUGCAUAGAGUGGUCUCCGUCACGGCGAGGCACACUGGCCUCGGGAGCAGAUGACUGCCAAGUGCUACUGUGGGAUCUCAUGAACACUUCGCCCCUCAAUGGUACCCAGCAGCAGGAGAACCAAAGAAGCCCUACUGCGUGCUGGGAUUGCGACUAUGAGAUUGGAAACCUAGGCUGGGUACCGCAUUUGCAGGGCAAUGACGGUGGUGAUUGGCUCGGCGUUGGUGCAGGACGAGGCGUUUGGGGCGUUAAAGUAUAG